GCAAAUAGUUAAAUUCCCCUUCUUCUCCCCCAAUCCACGAUCCCCCUCCCCUCUCUCCCGAGGCGACUAGUCGAGGCAGCUCGAGCUGCUUCUGGAAUCUUCUCGAACCCUCCGCUUCUUCCGCGAUCCUCCUCCUCCUCCUCGUCCUCCCACUCUCUCGCGCUCGGGACCUCUGCCCCUCGCGCUUCUUCCACGAGGCUCCACGGGCCACGGGCAAGACCAGCCGCCCGUUCGCCGCGUGCGCCGCCGCCGCCGUGGAUGGGACGGCUGGGGUGGCUCCGGCUCGCGUCGAGGUCUCUCGCGCUACGCUCCGGCGAGGUGGCUGCGCAGGGGAGCAAAUGGAUUCGGCAUUCCACGCCUUGCAGCUCCAGUGGCAUCUAUAUUGGUGAUAAAUGCUAUGGACGGUUCAUGUUGACAUCAUUUACAUUGAGCAGGUCUUUUCAUGCUACAGGUCAACACAGUUCACCAGAGAAGGACUAUUACAAGAUUCUUGGUGUUCCUAAAGAUGCUUCGCAGGAAGAAAUCAAGAGGGCUUUUCAUUCACUUGCAAAAAGGUACCAUCCAGACACAAACAGGGGGAAUACUGCUGCAAAAAGGACAUUUCAGGAAAUAAGAGAUGCAUACGAGACAUUGCGCGACCCUUCGAAGAGAGAGCAGUAUGAUAUGCUAUUUUAUAGAGGGUCUGAGACAAAUUCCUCAAAGAGUGGGAUGGAUUUUGAUGGGGCCUAUCAAGAUCCAUUUUCAGGAUUCCACAAGCAGGGUCAUAAUCCCUUUGCAGAAUUCUACAGACAAAACAAUGGUCCUUUUUCCAGUAAAUUUUACAAAAUAUUCUCCGAGGUUUUUGAGCAUGAUGUAGAUGCACAUGCCAACGAUAUUGAGGUAGAGGUGAAUCUUUCCUUUAGAGAUGCUGUUAAAGGAUGCAUGAAGCAAGUCUCCUUCAGUGCAAAAAAUCUUUGCGACUCAUGUGAUGGGAGAGGGUACUUGGCCAAUGCAAAGAUGUAUGUUUGCCCUUCAUGUAGAGGUGCAGGAAGAGUUUCCAUUAACCCAUUCACAUCCAUUUGUACUUCUUGCAGAGGCUUUGGGAAAGUAAUUAAGGAUUACUGCCUGACAUGCAAAGGUUCAGGGGUGGUAGAUGGCAUGAAAUAUGUAAAUGUGACCAUUCCAGCAGGGGUUGAUUCUGGCGAUACAAUUCAUGUACCAGAGGCUGGACAUAGUGGUGGACGUGGAACCCUACCUGGAAGUUUGUACAUUAAGCUUCAAGUAGCAAGUGAUCCAGUGUUUGUUCGUGAUGGUGCUGAUAUCCAUGUAGACAAAAAGAUUAGCUUCACACAGGCAAUGCUUGGUGGAAAAGUUGAAGUGCCGACUUUAGAUGGCACAGCAGAAGUUAAGAUACCCAAAGGAGUUCAACCAGGGCAGGUUAUAGUUUUAAGGGGUAAAGGAUUGCCCAACCAGGCUGGGUAUCUUGGGGACCAACAUGUCCGAUUUCGAAUACAUUUUCCCUCAAUGGUUAAUGAACGUCAACGUGCCCUGUUAGAAGAAUUUGCAGUAGAGGAAGCCACGAAGGAACAGAGUUCCUUUUCAGCUGGAAACUGGCUUUACCAGCAGCUGUCUACUGGUUGAUACUUACAGGUGGGAGCUAGUUGAAAAUAUGAAGGGGCAAACUUUCUUGCUUGGGCUUGGCUUCCUCGUACUGGUUCACCUGCUACUGACCAAGACUGUGAACUAGGCUUCACAAGGAACAUCUGGCGACAUCACAUCGUAUAAAUUCUCUGGAGAUUUAAAACCUGGACAUCGGUCAUCAUGAUUAUUCAGCUGCAGGGAUCCGUGAUUUUGGAGGCGCAGGGCAGAAGAUUGCUCGUUCCAUUGGAAGAGAUACUCAUACUAGUUUGAAUUUUGAUUCCCAUUACAGUCGAAUCACAAGCUGUACGGAGUUUUAUUUUGUAAUGCUCCAAUAAUGGGAGAACAAUGGGGAUGCUAGGUUUCAAUUCCUAGUUUUUGCUGUGUUUUUUGUUUUUACCAGCAUAUAAUUUGGGUGCUUAAUAGGGAGGAUAGCUACAACCAGCAGAAAGUGACUUUUUCCUACGCCCGUGCUGCGUGGAGUGUUGUCUUGUAAAUUCAUGCUGUCAUGUAGGAGUAGGUCUUCAUGGAGGCCUAAAAACUCAGCCAAAAAUGGCCCACAUAUUGAAUGUUACGUUGUACAAGUUUGAUCUUGAAUUUUGCAUGGCAGAUGAGAAGAGCAUGCUCUUAUUCAAA